CGCGGUUUAUUUUUAUUGUACUAUGUUUUUAAAGGCAUUGCCUAUGUUGUGAAGCCGCCUCGAGUCCCCUCCGGGGUUGAGAAAGGCAGGAUAAAAGAGCUGCAAAUAAAUUUAGAGAAGACCAUGUUGAAGGAGAUCAGGUCUUUCCGUGAAGACAUUUGACAAUGUUAAACACUUUUUAAGCCCCCCUUUAUGUUUUGUGCCUCCUUUUAAGAAAUGUGUUUUCAAUAGUUUGGGAGACGAGACUGCAGCCUGAAGUGUUAUAGGUGUACAAAAAAGAGCAUUAGGACACUACAUGGCAAUGCUGCUGCUCCCCUUUCGUUGUUUUCAAAUCUGGAGAUAUUUUUGUUUACAUUUAUAUCCCAGAGAAGGUUAUAUCUAUAUAUUUAUACAGUGUUCCCUCACUUAUCACGGGGAUUAGGUUCCAGGAUCACCCGCAAAAGUGAAAAUCCGUGAAGUAGGGACACUAUAUUUAUUUUAAUAUUUAUACAUUAUUUUAGUAGUUAUACACUAUUUUAAGCCUUUAUCAACCAAUCGUGUGUUGAUAAAUCGCCUCCUUCUCCCGUUGCCGCUUGGGCUCCUUUUCUCUCCCUUUGGCUUCUCUUUCCUCCCUUCCUUAGGCUAUAAAUUGCAAUUUUUUAUGAUUUAUAAUAGUCUUGUAGAGUUUAUUGAAAAAACCACGAAACAGCAAAUCCGCGAAAAGUGAACCGUGAAGUAGUGCAGGAAUACUGUAUUUCCGUUUUGCUCAAAGUAGCUCAUCAUGCACCCACAGCAAAGGAUCGUCUCCCUUCCCCAUUUUUAUCUUCACAACAACCCUGUGAUGUAAGCCAGACUUAGGGUCCUUCCAGACAGGCCUUAUAUCCCAGAAUCCGAUCCCAAGUUUUCCCACUUUAAACUGUGGACCCUUGCACACAGGCAUAUAACCCAGAAUAUCAAAGCAGAAAAUCCCACAAUAUCUGCUUUGAACUGGGUUAUCUGAGUCCACGCUGCCAUAUAUUCCAGUUCAAAUCAGAUAAUGUGGGAUUUUAUUCAGCUGUGUGGAAGGGGCCUGUAUUGUAUGAGUCCCCACUGCUGGAUAGUCUGGGAUCAGAAAACCUGGGAUCAGAUCCUGGGAUAUAGGGCCUGUCUUGAAGGGCCCAAAGGAAUAGUGAUGGGCUCAAGUUGAACUUCAUGACUGAGUGGGAAUUUAACCCUUUAUUACACCAUCAUGGCUUUAACACAACUCUUUCUGUGAAUUACAGCUAUUCCAGAAAUAUGGCCAGAUCCAUUGUGGAAUUAGACAUUUUGCAGGUUCUAAAACGUUUGGAACAGCAAGGUUUUAGACAUGUUGUCUUCACAGAUUGCCUGAAAGAUGAAAAUGUCAUGAAGAUUGUUCCCAUUGUCACAGAACUCAUAAGCAACAACCAACGUUAUCAGAGGUCUGAGAAUGUGGAGAGUUGCAUCAUGGUCAUUGGUGUGCCAAAUGUUGGGAAAUCGUCAGUCAUCAAUUCAGUGAGAAGACGGCACCUCAAAAAAGGAAAGGCUUCACUGGUUGGUGGUGCACCAGGUGUUACCCGAGCUGUUCUCACCAAAAUCCAGGUAUGUGAGCGACCCCUUAUAUUCCUACUGGAUACUCCUGGGGUACUGUCUCCUCAAAUUGAGUGUAUUGAGACUGGGCUAAAACUGGCACUAUGUGGAGCAAUUAAGGAUCAUCUAGUAGGAGAGGAAAUCAUUGCUGAUUAUCUGCUUUACGCAUUGAACUGUCAGAAGCAAUUCAGUUAUGUAGAACACUAUGGACUUCCCAAUCCAUGUGAUAAUGUGGAGAUGGUACUCAAAAGUAUUGCACUGCACCUUGGCAAGACCCAGCGAGUCAAGGUACUGACUGGCACAGGAAAUGUGGUUAUGACAUCACCCAAUUACAAAGCAGCAGCAUGUGAGUUUAUCCAUUCUUUCCGCAAGGGACUUCUAGGGAAAGUAAUGCUUGACCAACUUGAGUAGAUUUCUGUAUAAUGCUGGACUGAAUGAUAAUUUUGGAAGGUUGUGUGUGGAGCAGAAAGCAUCACCAUGCAGCUGAGCAGGACUACAGGGACUUUGCUUCAAUCUAAUAAACGUGGACUGUAUACAGCUAUUGACGAUUUUCAUCUGCUGUUUGCAAACAGUUUCUGUAGGAUCCUGAGGAUCAGUAGUCAAUAGCAAAGAACAUUUGUAACUUCCAUCACUAGUUUCUGAAGUAUUACUUCAAGCCACCUUAGAAAUGUGGCUAAGAAAUACUUCCCAUAAAUAAAAUAAAUAAGAAACACUAA